AUGGGUUUCCUCUUAGUUUUCUUCCCAGAAGACACCAUUGCUGCCAAAACGAACCUUCUCUCUUCUUCUUCUUCUUCUUCUUCAUCUCUGAAGAGAAGCACCUCAAACACCAUUCUCUCCAAAGCUCAAUCCACACUCUCCAUAUGCCUCCUUCUCCUCUUCACCACCCUCCUCCUCUUCACCCUCUCUACAUUCCAACCCUCCACCCCCCACAAACCUUCCACUCCCCACAACCCUUCAAACGACGCCGUUUCCCCCGCACUCCAACGCUUGGGCACCCUCUACCGCCGUGGCACCCGCGCCAUGAACCACCUUCUCCUCUGUCACGUCUCCCAAGACACCCCUCUCCACCAUCUCCGCCUCUUCCUACGACUCCUCCACCGCUCCGGCCUCACCUCCAAAUCCGACGUCGUUUUCAUCUUCCCCACUUCCUCACCCUCCUUCGCCUCCCUUCUCCACGAAGAGAACAACUCCUUCCUCUCCCUCGUCGCUCUUCAUGCCCAGCUCAACUCCACCCGCCGGAGCCCACCCUCCGACUCCACCUUCGACGUCUCUCGCUUCCACAGGUCCCCCGGAAGAGGGGACUCCAUCUGGGGGAGGAAAAUUCGAAGCUUUUGCAAUAGCUCCGAGAGUGAGUUCACUCGGCCGAGUUACGGCUCGGUGUUGAGUUUCGACGCCGACGAACUCGACCCCGAGAACUCUCUCGCUGGCUUCCUCGACCGUGUUCCACUCAGCUUACGACGCUGGGCGUGUUACCCCAUGCUGCUCGGGCGAGUCAGGAGGAAUUUCAAACAUGUCAUGCUCGUGGACGUUGACAGCGUGUUGAUUUUUAACGACCCACUCGGGCGAUUCAGGAAUCGGAGUCCCGACUCGGUUUUCGUUUUCCCUAAACGCGGUAGGAACUCGGAGCGAACUCAGUCUCGUCGCGUUGUCAACUCGGCGGUUUUGAUGGGCGGUGCUCGAGGGAUCCGGCGCGUGUCGCAGGCGAUGCUGGUGGAAAUUGUGCGAGCCGCGGUGCAGGUGAAGAGGAAGAACUCGGUGUCGGACUCGGCCAUUCUGAGUCAACUCGCUAGCAAGGAGUUCGUGUUGAAGAACGUUGAUUUGAUCGUGGCGAGCGAGCCGUUACCGGAACCGAGUCCGCUCGCAUUUGACGCGACGUCGUUUUCGGAUCAUCUGAUAAUUGAACGGGGUGUGGGUAACUCUGAUCUAAAUUCCAUUGUUAAUAGCCAAAUUUGUUCUUCUGUGAUCGAUUCUUUUGUUUAUAGGGAUUGUCAACAAUUGGAAAAACUAGAAAAAUAA